GUUACAGCAGAUGUGUUAAAAGAAAUCUGUGAGCACAUAGGGGUCACUGACUUGGAGGAGGUCCAAGAAUUUGCCAUCAUAGCCAACAAAGACAAUGGCAGGAUUAUAAGGCCCUUGCACCAGAAGGAAUAUAUCCAUGACUAUUUGUUAGAAGAAAAUUCAAUAGGACUAAAUUUCUGCAGGAUCACUUGGAAGACCCCUUUGCACCUUGAUAAUGAGAUUUACAUCAAAAUUAAUUAUAACCAGGUCUUGCAGAAUUAUAUGAAAGGAACCCUGUUGCAGCAGCACAGUAAUAAACUUGGGCAGCAGCUGGGCACCUUGGCUUUGCUUCAGCACUGGGCCAGAGGAACUAACUCGAUCCCUUCCCUAGAGGAACUGAAGGAUUACAUUCCUCCUUCAAUCACCCACAUCAGCCCAGAAAUUGUUCAGAUUGCCAUGGUUUAUCAACUGCAGACCACAGAACCACUUGAACCACUGCAGGCACAAAUACAUUUUAUUGAGCACAUGAUUCAGCUGCCACUCUUUAGCUAUAAUGUUUACUCUGUGGAGAGGAUCAGCGCUCCAGAUAUCCCCACACCUUGCCUUGUAGGAGUGAACCAGGAGGAGAUCGUUGUCAUAGGCAGUGAGUCCCAGAGCAAUCGUGUCACCAUUCCACUGAAGCAGAUACUCCGGAUGAAAACCUUACGCCCACUUGAUGCAUCUAGCUUUCCAGGCAUAGAAAUCAACUAUGGCUCAGUAGAAAAUCCUAAAACAAUCUGGUUUGAAUUACAACAGGCUAAAGCAUUAUAUCAUUUAAUUACUAUCAUCGCUGAUGAAGCAGAUUCCCAGAUUUAGUGACAACCAAUGCAACGUGGCUGCAGUAUCUUUUCCCAGUACUCAGAAAACACCCAUACUCUUUGGAUAUGUCUACUUGCCAAGUGCUUUCUCUCCAAGUAGAUGUGAGCUAUGGAAACUUCGUUCUUUCGAAUCACCACCCACCAUUCUCAUAUCAUCUUUCCUGCAUUACCUCCAGCCCUUGGACUUGCAGACAGCAAAAACAGCUUCUCAACUUCAAGCAAUACAAAUAUACUAUAGGUGCUUUGGAGUAUCGUUGGGUGGCUCACCUAACACCAUAUCCGCAACAGUGCUGGCUCUCAUUCUUUUGAACGCAGAGAAAACUUAGGUUAGUAUUAUAAUAUAAAUAUAGAUGGUAUUAAAGUUCUGUUCCAACACACAAAAGCUGCUCUAUUAGA